AAUGGGUUCUUCUAUAUGUGUUAAUUGUACCAUUAAAACUGAAGAAUCAGAAUUACAAUCAUUACCAUAAGUCUAAUAAAUCAUAUUUGAGUAUACAGAUUAUUAAGAUUUUACUUAAAUUUCUAAACCUCAAGAAUAACUUUAAUAAUUACCAGAAACAGAUACUUCAAAAAACUUACCAAGUCCUUAAUUGAAAGGUAUUUUGAAGCACUAUUUCUAACAAAAAUAAGAUCUUGGAAAUCUUAUUUAAGAUAAUAAUUUGCCAACAAUUACUAUUUAAAAGAAAAAAGUCAAAUUUAGGAAACCAUCAAAAUCUGUUUAAAAGGAUUGA